UCCACAGUUUCUAGGGGCCUCAACGCAGACUGUCGCGUGGGCUAAUGAUUCACCGAUAAACGCUAUACCGCAUUAAUAUCGAAUAACCUUGACAAAUACCAGCAUCGAUUACGAGUUCUCAGACCAACGACCCCAAGGCAAUUAGACCUCACACUCCAUAAUGGCAGACAAAACCGAGACUUCAGUGCAGCCUCCAAGUAAAGUGGAACAAGAUCCUGUUUUUUACUUCAGUGAUGUCACAUUUCAGGUGGAGAACUCGCUGUUCAAAGUACACAGGCUUCCUUUUCAGCAAGGCUCGAAAGUAUUCCGUGAGAUGUUCCAGCUUCCGGCACCAGAAGGUGGAGUGGCGGAUGGGUGCGACGAUGAUCACCCUCUGCAUCUGGAGCAAAUCAAGAAAGAGGACUUCAAACAGUUUCUAAGGGUAUUGUUUCCGGGGUCAGUGAUUUACGAGGCCCGGUGCAUUGUUAGCUGGACAUCUCAUUCUUCCAGGCCUUACAAACAAGAAACACUUCCAGCCACACUCGCAGAGUGGACAUCAGUCCUGAAACUAUCCACGAUGUGGGAUUUUGACGUUGUACGACAAAACACGAUAAAACAGAUGUUCUCGAUGAACCUUGGAUGUGUGAGAAGGGCAGUUUUAGCGAUAGAGUAUGACAUCGACGAAUGGUUGGUUCCCGCACUCAACGAGCUGGCCAGACGAAAAGAGCCCAUCACGCUGGCAGAAAUGGCGCACAUGGGCGCAGAGCUUACUUUGAAGAUGGCGGCAGUGCGGGAAAACGUGACGUAUGACUGGAACUGCCUUAAGCUCGGGGAAAGAAAAGCGGAAAGAAUUGAUUUCUCACCCAAAAUCAGGGAAGUUCUGGGGCUGUAGGGAGUUAUGGGUGGAACAUUUGUUCUCGGUGUAGAGGGCAAAGAGCGCUUCGUGAAUCGAACAGCCCCUUUUAGCGGCGAGGUCAUGGGACAACACGUUGCUGACUGCCAUCCUCGUUGGCUCUUUCGUUGGCUUUCGUUGGACACCAAGUAUGAUAUACUGGUGUUCAUUGGAUUCGAGCAUGUUACUGUAGCAAUAUACACCCCGGGACAAAUACCGACUUUCGUAGCCAGCGGGCUUGGCUGACACGCUUACCCAAACUUCAUUCUGAAUCAGGCGUCAAUAUUGAUAAGGUGCCAGUCAUACGCUAUCACAAUCUUCUCAAUUUCACGCCAAAAGACUGAGGUAUCGAUAAGGGUCUCAACGAUCCAGUAUAUUAUCAUACGCUUCCGCUUGUAAUUUGAGUGGGUGUACC